AUGACCCGGCACCGUGACACGCCCGAGCCCGGGCGCGCCGGCAGGAAGGCCCUCGCGGCGUCGCUGCUGUCGGUCCUGGCCCUGAGCCAGGUGGCCGGGGCCCGGACCCCGGGACCCCUGCCCAACCGGUCGCACACGUCCCUCUUUGCCACCUACACCACCCCCCGGGACACGGAGUCCUCGCACGACCUGGGCACCGGCCUGCAGGUGGUCAGCCGGUCGACCCUGAUCGGCGAGCCCAGCGACUUGGCAUACAACCCGGAGGCCGACAUCAUGCAGAACUUCCGCUUCGACGGCGGGGCCGAGGUGGGCUUCAUCAAUGCCCGGGUGCCGAAUCGCUUCCAGCUGACGGCCCUCCAUGAGCCGGUGCUGGUGGUCAGCGCGCAGGACCACCUGCCGCGGCCGGGCGACGAGUCCCCCGGGUCCGCCAGCCUGGACUCCUUCCUGGACCUGUAUGAGCACUAUGCGGACUUGCGCAUGCGGCCCAGCGCGCGUCAGGCCCUGGAGGGCGUCCGGCCGAUUGGCUUCUCGCUGGAUUACUUCCGGCCGGCCCGGCGGCCGGGGCACUCGGCCGCGCGCGGCCCCACGGCCGCGGCCCCGCGGCUGUCCGACGACCCGAACCGCGGGCCGAUCCCCCUGUCGGCCACCGGGGCCGCGGAAAUUUGGUCCAUCUCCCAGCCGCUGGAUGUCCAGGCCAUGGCGGCCCUGAAUGCCACCGGGCAGCUGCUCGACCCGGCCCCGGGCCCCGGCAAGGGGGACGAGCUGCCGCGCUUCUACACCCUUUCCGAGCAGCAGCGCGUGUGGACCAUCCGCCCGGAUCGCGACCAGGGGUGGGUCAGCACGGCCCUGCUGCCGGCCGAUGCGGCCCUCGGGGCCGACGGCCGUGUGCAUGCCACCCUGCCGCCGGAAACCCGCUGGUGGUCCUACGCCAUGGCCGCGGCCGAUGCCCCGGUGUAUGCGCUGUUCGGUGAGCGCCGCGAUGUGGGCCUGGAUGGCUCGGCCGGGCCGUCGGCCGGCGGGGACUCCGCCCAGCGGCGAUUCUACUACCCCGGCAAGACGGUGGUCGAUGUGACGGCCUACAUCCGUCCAUCUGCGCCGGCCGGGGCCGCGCGUGUGGCGCGCGACGACCCGGCCUCGGGUGCAUCCGGGUCCGCCGUCGAGGCCGGCAGCAGCAGCAGCCAGCAUGAGGCCGGUGACCAUAGUGGCAGCCACUCCGGCGGCAGCCAUGGCAGUGGCAGUCAUGCUGAGGGUAGCAGCCCUGGUGAGAGUGGGAGCCACUCCAGUGGGAGCCACCAUGAGGGGAGUAGCCACUCUAGUGGAAGCCACUCCAGCGAAAGCCACCCUGACAGCAGCACUCACGCCAGCGACAGUCAUGCCAGUGGCAGCCAUGCCAGUGGCAGCCAUGCCAGCGACAGUCAUGCCAGUGGAAGCCACCAUGAGGGGAGUAGCCACUCCAGUGGUCAUGAGAGCACGGACAGCGGCUCUACUGGCAGCAGCGGCGGCAGCGGCGGCAGCGGGCAGUCGGAGAGCAGCAGCCAUCACGCGAGUGGCAGCGAUGUUGAGCACGGCAGCAGCACCCUUCCGGGGGAUAGUGACAGCUCGAGCACCAGCCACCACGAGAGUGGCAGCCAUUCCAGCGGCAGCCAUUCCAGCGGCAGCCAUUCCAGCGGCAGCGCUGAGCACAGCAGCAGCGCCGCUCCCGAGAGCGGCAGCAGCUCUAGCGGUAGCCACCAUGACAGCAGCAGCCACCAUGAGAGUGGUAGCCACUCCAGCGGCAGCCACUCCAGCGCUAGCGGCAGCCAUUCUAGCGAGAGCAGUCACCAUGACAGCAGUAGCCACCAUGAGACUGGUAGCCACUCCAGCGGUAGUCACUCCAGCGGUAGUCACUCCAGCGGCAGUCACUCCAGUGCCAGCGGCAGCCACUCCAGCGCCAGCGGCAGCCACCAUGAGAGCGACAGCCAUUCUAGCGAGAGCAGCCACCACGAUAGUGGCAGUCAGCACGAGAGUGGCAGCCACUCCAGCGCCAGCGGCAGCCACUCCAGCGCCAGCGGCAGCCACUCCAGCGCCAGCGGCAGCAUUCCGGACGAUGGUGAGCUUCAGAAGGGCCCCGAUGCGGUGAGCUUCUCCAUGAUCGUGUCCAACGAUCUGCCCCCGCUGGCCCUCGAGACCAUCAACAAGCGGAACAUCCCGCUGGCACGCAAUGGCCAGUCCAUCCUCAAGUACGUCACCUGGCGCCGGUGGGCCCAGCCCAACGACACGGGCAACGAGGCGGCCGGCGUGCGCUUCCGCCACACCCACACCCCCGACCUGGAGAACGACCGGACCUCCGGCACCAGCACCCUUUGCCUAUUCCGCCUCGACCAGACCAAGUCCGAAUGGGUGCAGGUCGGUUGCGGCAGCAGCCAAGAGGACCUUCUCCCCAACGAGCAGCUUCGUCCCAACCAGGUGGACCAGACCGUGGAUGACCUCUUCCCGGAUGGCCGGGACACCGAGCUGUGGUCUAUUCAGGGCAAGUCGCGCGGGUACUCCGAGCUGUCGAACGACGCCGGGAGCGUCCUGGCUCGCGGGCGCUCGUCCUACUCCGGCCUAGCGUCGGCCCUUGUUGGCAGCCUGGCUGCAGUGGGCCUGAUGCUGCUUUAA